GGGAACAACAGUGAAUAUGUCGACUGUACAAUAUCGAUCACCUCGCCCCAUCAUCGCCAUCAAGCGUCCCUCGAGGGAGUGAUUAAUUUCUUCGCAGUAACUCCGCCACUCAGCCUCGAACAAGGACAGAUUUUAACGCGUGUGUUUACUGCGGUCAUCGACGCAUGCGAACCGUUGCAAAAUCCAAAGCCAUACAAACAGAUCACUCUCGUACGACUCACCUACGUAUACGCGAGAUCUGAAGCAUCCAGAGACAACUUUCUGCGUUUCUUCUUCCAACAAACAAAGAUCUCGAGUGAUAGUUCGCCGUCGGGAUCGAUCCCUGCGUCCGAAUAUGCACCAAGAUUGAUAGCGUUUGCACAGACACUUUUUGAAAAUUUCUUCCUUCCCUCUGCAACGAGAAAGACCCCUCAACCUUCGCCUGCGACCGUUUCCGAUAUACAAAGUGCACAGUCCCUCGCCGGAACUACCCAACGGCUGGCUACUUUAAGAAGAGAUUGUCUUAUACGUGAUCGGUAUCGCUGUGUGAUCUCACGCACAUUCGACCGUGAUGAAGCAAUGAGGCGCGUGUCGCGGGAUGGCGAUUAUAACGCACAAGACGAUGAAGGAAAUCUGUUAUCUGAAGAAAGCGGCACGUUUGCUCCAUUAGAGGUGGCACAUAUUAUUCCCCACUCAUUAAUGACUUUUCCAAGUGGGAAGACGGAGUUGGUAUGUCCACUACCCUUCCCGAAGGAUGAGUCGAAACAGCUAGCGCUUGCAAUUUUGAACAUGUUCGACGAUGGCGUGGUACAUCUGAUUGAAAGCAUUGACAUUGACCGCCCGCGCAAUGCGAUCACAUUGACUCAUGAUUUUCAUCAACUUUUCGGCGGGUUCGAGGUCUACUUUGAGCCCACAGGUAACGAACCACAUACCUAUCGCGUCGACUCUACCAGCACUGGCAUUCUACGCCAUCGGAUUUUCCCUGUCAAUCGUACACUUUUCUUGACUGACACUCGAACGAUUGAUCCUCCUUCUCCACGAUUACUCGCUAUCCACUCGGCCAUUGCACAUAUACUUCACAUGAGCGCGGCUGGCCGCUACAUUGAUAGUGUCCUUGAGGACCUUGACCAGGGAGAAAUCUCAGUGGAUGGGUCAACCCCGUUAGGCCAUUUCACUGCUUUACGGAUUCAUGGCUGGUGGGAUGGGCGAAUUCGUGCCUACUGA